GUGCAGUUACAAUGACAAUAAAAUAAUAACGUUAAUGAUGUAAUAAAUAUUAAAAAUUUCAUGUUUCGAUGGAUAGAACGUUUAUAAUUUAAUCAUGUUUGUUGACGUUUUUGGGAAAGUGUGUUCUGGCUUUCGUUUGUUUGGUUGACGAAAUAUUUCAUCUCCACACCGCACACACACACGCACACACUACACACUACACACACACACACACAUUCUUAUAAAUUGAUAAUCAGCUUUGACUUUUCAAUUAAUGAAAACUUCAGAAUAAAAACAGUUCAACAUUGAUACGUACAUCUCAGGAGUUAUGCAAAGUUAUUACCACUGAACUAGUAACAUCAACCACCAAAAUUAAAUACCAAAAAUAUCGAAUCUAAAUUAGCAAGAACCUUAACCAGCAAAAUUAAUCGGCAGUAUAGAUUGUUGAAACGCAACGACAACAAAACCACCAACGCCAACAGCCGAAAAAACUACGACAACACCACAAACAACGACAAAAUGGGAUCAUGUUGUUUUUGUGCUUGUAUCUUCAAAACCAUUCUCGGGUUACUGAAUAUGGUUCUCAUGGUGGCCGGUAUCCUGGUGGCUGGCGUGGGGGGUGCCUUCUACGGUAUGGCCGAGUCCAGUGCCGUUAAGGAAUUCAUCAGGAUCAUCGUCGUCCCUAUCAUAGAGUAUCAGUUCGGAAAGAAUUACAUAAUCGGUUCGGUGUCAGGCGACUUCAGAGAACUGAUCACUCCAGUUGCCUGGUUCCUCAUCAUCAUGGGUUGCAUCAUAGGCGCCAUCGCCAUUAUUGGAUAUCUGGGACUCAAUCUGAGUAUCAAUGCCUUCUUAAUUGCGUACGCAGCACUCAUCGGCACCAUCAUAGUCGUCCAAAUUGUUAUCUCAAUCCUCUUUUACACUGGCGGAUUAACAGGUCCGACGAACAACUUAGUGAAAAAGAUUUUGGUGAAACAUUACAAGGGACUCGAAGAUUUAGACGAUGGAAAUGGGACUAACGUGUAUGCUCUUACAUGGAACGUUAUCAUGAUGAAGCUCAACUGCUGCGGUGCCUCCAACUACAUGGACUUCCAGGACAAUCUUGAAGUUACCAAUAAGUGGCCACGGAAUAAAACCUUCUCCAUAAAAGUGCAAAACGAUGAAAAUUUUGAAAAUUUAACUUUUUUGGGUACGAAACAAAUGCCCCUCGCUUGUUGUAAAAACAUGGCAGAAUUCCCGAAAAUGUACUAUAACGACACGAAGUGUAUGGCCGACAACAGCACAAACAACAAUAACAAUCUGGGAUGCACAGAAGCGAUCAUGAAUGAGAUCAAGAAGUCGAAAAGUGAAUCGCUCACAAUAUUUCUGUUUGCUCUCUUCUUACAAAUAAUCCUGUUGAUUAUGGUCAUCGUCAUAAUCCAGGAGAACAAGAAUAAUAAGAGAAAUAAUAAUGAAAAUAAUAGUAAUGAUGAUGAAGCCGACGCCAGAUGCAUAGGCAUUUCAGCCAGGCUUGCACCGCCACUGAAAAAAGAGCCGAAGAGUGCGCGCUUCCUAGCCAUGUCUGCAGCCAGUACACGUAAAAAUAAUAUAACCGACUCAGAAACUGGUUUCGUGGCAAUUUUCAACCUGCCUAGCUAA